UUAAUUCAAAGCCGACCAGUUGUGAGUAGCAUAGUCGUAGCUGAAAAGAAAUCGUUAUCUCUCGGGCUUGGAAAUCUGGUAGAAACUGUCGCCAAUAUUUUAGGCCUAAAAAGCAUGAAGGGUGUGAGUCCAAAUUCAUAUUUAGCCGAACUUGGAAUGGACUCCAUGAUGGCCGUGGAAAUUAAGCAAACUCUGGAACGCGAAUUCGACAUAUUUUUCUCUGCGCAAGAGAUACGAAAUCUUACUUUUACCAAGCUCAGUGAGAUAGCCAAUGCAAGUGCAGAUAAUACGCAGGAUAUAAAUAAACUGGAUAUUGUGCAGCCAAACUUGAAAUUUUUAAUUGGUGUUAUAAAAGACAAAGACUUCAUUUCAGAAACUUGUUUAGAUUUCUCGACUAAAAGACAGAAAACUACAACCGAAGUAUUUCUCAUACCAGGUAUCGACGGAUGUGGAACUGUAUUCAAUCAUUUAGGGCCAAAUAUUAACUUAUCAGCAAGGGCCCUGUGUUAUUAUACAAACAACAUCGAUGCUACAGACAUUAUAUCAGAAACGAGUGAUCAUCUUAUAAACCAUAUAUUACCAAAACUGACAGCUGGAAAAGAUUUCAUAAUGGUAGGGUACUCCUUCGGGUCUAUUAUCGCAAUUGAACUAACGAGGAGAUUGGAAGCUAUGAAUUUUAAAGGACGGCUUAUUCUCAUCGACGGCGCUCCUGAGCAAUUACGAACACUAUACCAAGAGUGCAGAUUUGCAAUUUUGGAUGAUAGAGAUCUCCAGAAUAUUGUUUUAAUCAAUAUUAUGGAAAUUUAUUCCGCAGGAGAUACUGAAAAAAUUCUAACGGAACUGAAGAAAUAUAAGACCUGGGAAGAGAAAUUUAGUAUCUUCGCCAAAGAAUUUUUAGCUACGAACACGUCUCUCUCACUCGAAAAUUUAAAAACACUGUGCACGACAGCUUAUAAACAUGCAUCAGCUAUUCCGCAAUAUGAUUCUUCUACGCUGGCACCUAUAAAGUCUUCCAUAAUGUUGUUAAAAGCUACGAACCCGUUGCUUAGAUCCGUGAUUGAAGAGGAUUAUGGUUUGCAGAAGAUAACUCAAAAUGUGGUGAAAGUACAUUCCAUUGAGGGUACUCACGUGACAAUAUUAAACAGUGAGAAAAUAACAGCUGCGAUUAAUGGAGAGCCGCCAUUUGCAAUUUAAUAUUUUAAGUUAUUUAUAAUUUUAUUUCAAAUUUACGUCUGUUAUAAAACUUAUAGAAAUCUGCAUGGUGUAAAUUUUAUAUGUACUUGGAAAUGAAGUUAAGUUAUAGUAUUACCAAAAAGAAGUAAUUAUAACUGAAACUUCAUUACAAGUAACGACCCACACAGCACGAGGAACUCCCGGGGAGCUCCUGGGGAGCUCUUAAAAUUGGUCAUAAGCUUCACUUGAACUUCAAACGAACUCGCACGGAGCUCCUAUGUCCGCUUUUGAGAGUUCUCCAGAAGCUUUAUUUAAGCUCGCAGGGAGUUUAAAUGAGGCUCCCAGGGAGCUCUCAACUAGUACUAACUCGCUGGAAGCUUGUUUUAUCGAAUUUUGUAAGCUUCCCGGGAGCUCAGCGAAAUGAACUCCCUGGAAGCUUGUUUUGUCGAAUUUUGUAAGCUUCCCGGGAGCUCAGCGAAAUGAACUUCCUAGGAGCUUAAUCGGAGCUUUGUGCUGUGUGGGGAGUUACUUCCCAACCCUGCUUUUAGUAAAGUCGUAAAAACACGUCUCUAUUAAAACGUCUUUAAGACGUCGUUUAGACAUUAGCUAAGAUUGUGCAUUGGUAUGAAUGGUGCACAAUGUGAACACUUAUUGUAAUGUACAUAAUUGAUUUCGAAAAUUGUAUUGUAUUUGAUUGUAUUGCAUUGUUAUUUAUCAUUUGUAUCAAUUGUUUUUAGUUCCUCCAAAUUAUUUUAAUAAAACAUUUAAAAGUGUA